AUGGACCUAGGAGGACUUCAUGUGUACCAAAUUACAACUUUCAAGAAAAUAUGGGCAGUGUACCAUGGUGGACUGAAGGACCUUGGAGCUACAUUUUACGAGCCUUCAGAAAUACCAGAGGGAUUUUUCAUGCUUGGAAGCUAUAGCCAACCUAAUGAUCAACCUCUUUUCGGCUCAUUACUUGUCGGAAAAGAUGUCGCUAACGGCACCGGUCAGCCGGAAACUCUAAAAAGCCCUAUCGAUUACACACUAGUCUGGAGCAGUGAGCUGUCCAAAAUCAGGCAAAGUGGCCCUGGUUACAUUUGGUAUCCAAUUCCUCCUGAUGGUUAUGAAGCUGUAGGGUAUGUUGUUACUAGCGCAUCAGAGAAGCCUUCCCUGGAUAAAAUCCGAUGUGUUCGGUCUGAUUUCACUCAUGACUGUGAUAUUGAGAAAUGGAUUUGGGGUGAAAGUUCAUCAAUUAGUGCUGAUGGAUUCAGUGCAUAUAGUCUAAGACCAAGUGCUAGAGGGACCCUGGAUCAAGGUGUACCUGUUGGUUCAUUCAUAUUCAUGAAAAAUUGGGAUGCAGAUGCACUCACAUCUGUAUCUUGCUUGAAAAACAACAAUUUCUCCUUGUUUUCCAUUGAAUCCACGCCCAAUCUAAGGCAAAUUCAUGCACUAUUUCAGACAUAUGCUCCAUUGAUAUACUUUCAUCCCCAAGAAACUUACCUUCCCUCUUCAGUAAAUUGGUUUUUUUCCAAUGGAGCGUUACUAUACACAAAGGGACAAGAAUCAACCCCUAGUCCAAUCAAAUCCCAAGGUGAAAAUCUUCCACAAGGUGGUUUAGAUGAUGGAAGAUAUUGGCUGGACCUUCCUGCUGAUGAAACGUCAAAAGAGAAACUCAAGAGAGGCAAUUUUCCAGGCUCUAAGGCAUAUCUUCAUGUGAAAUCAAUGUUUGGUGGAACAUAUAGUGACAUAGUUAUUUGGAUUUUCUGCCCAUUCAAUGGACCUGGGAUGCUUAAAUUUGGACCUAUUGAUAUUUCACUAAGCAAACUUGGAGAACAUGUUGGUGACUGGGAGCACAUGACUCUAAGAAUCAGCAAUUUUAAUGGAAUGCUGCAAAAAGUUUUUUUCUCCCAACACAGUUCUGGAACAUGGAUUGAUGCAUCAAUUCUUGAAUUUCAAAAUGGAAGUAACAAAUUUGUGGCCUAUUCAUCUUUGCAUGGCCAUGCAUUUUAUUCAAAGCCAGGUUUGGAUUUACAAGGUGCUGCUGGAUUUGGAAUAAGGAAUGAUAUGGCUAAAAGCAACUUAAUUUUGAACACUGGAGAUAGGUAUGUGAUAGUUUCAGCUGAUUAUCUUAGUCCACCAAUUGUGAAGCCACCAUGGCUGUACUAUGCUAGAGAAUGGGGACCAAGAGUGACAUACAACCUUGGUCUUUUAGUGAAAUUUGUGGAAAAUAUUUUGAUAGGAGUAUACAAAUCAAUUUUUCAAAGUUUGGUUAAUUUAUUUCCAAAUGAACUUUUUGGAGAAGAAGGUCCCAUUGGCCCCAAGAUGAAAAGGAAUUGGAAGAAAGAUGAACUUUGA